GACGUCAUCAGAGCGCGUCGCUUGCGAUUGAGCCGCACCAUGACGAUGAGCCGGUGGUGUCGAACCGGGGCGACUUUGGUUGUUGGGGUGGGAGUCGGAGCUGCCGUCACACGUCUGCUGAGUCCCAAUGGUGGGAAGGAGGAGCAGGAUGGAGUCGGUCUUCUCGGCAGACUCCCCGUGCUCCCGGUACCGAGUGUUGAGGCUUCCGAGCUGGCGGUCAGUCCAGGUGGGUCGGGGGCUGUGAUGAAAUAUGGUUUUCCAUCACUGGCCAACAUCAAGACCAGAGAGUCCUACGUCACUUCCUACGACCCUAGGACACGCACUGCGUCUUGGGUAAUAGAGAAGCUGAACUCCGGCUCCGUCAGCGGUUCAUCAGACAGGAAUUUGUGCCAGUUUAAAGAGGAUGACAGUGUGCAUGUGUUUCAUCGGUCGACCAAUCAGGACUAUAAGGGGAGUGGCUUCGACCGAGGACACCUGGCAGCUGCAGGAAAUCACAAGUGGAGUCAGAAAGCGAUGGAUGACACCUUCUACCUCAGCAACAUCGCUCCACAGAACCCACACCUGAACAAGAUCUCCUGGAACCAUCUGGAGGCAAUGUCUCGCUCUUUGACCAAACGAUACCUGAACGUCUACGUCUGCACUGGCCCACUUUACCUGCCCAGGCAGGAGGCUGAUGGGAAACUGUAUGUGCGUUAUCAAGUCAUUGGAAGAAACCAUGUUGCCGUUCCAACACACUUUUUCAAGGUGCUGAUCCUGGAGCAGAUGGACGGCAGAGGGGUGGAGCUUCGUUCCUACGUUUUACCAAAUGAACCAGUAGAUGAGAAGAUUCCUCUGGAGCGCUUCCUGGUUCCCAUCGAGACCAUUGAAAGAGCCUCGGGACUUCUGUUUGUUCCAAACAUCAUGAGGAGAACCAGCAGCCUGAAGGCCAUCACUGACAAGUGAACAGCACCACCCAGUGGUCACUAGGACUGAGGCCUCCUCAGAGGCAGCAUAUUUUAAAGGACAAGAUCUGAUGUGACAUGUGACAUCAGAGCCACAGACAGAGUUGAUUUAUCCACAAAGGUGCAGAUGUCAGACAAUAAAUAC